AUGGCUACGAACGACUCGAAAGCCCCGAUAAGGACGGUGAAGAGGGUCCAAUUCGGCAUCCUCUCACCCGAAGAAAUCCACCGAAUGUCAGUUACAGAGGGUGGUAUUCGCUUUGCCGAAACCAUGGAAGGUGGUCGCCCAAAACUUGGUGGUCUCAUGGACCCUAGGCAGGGUGUUAUUGACAGAAACUCUCGAUGUCAGACUUGUGCUGGCAACAUGACGGAAUGUCCUGGACAUUUCGGUCACAUUGACUUAGCCAAACCAGUUUUUCACUGUGGAUUUAUCACAAAAACUAUCAAGAUUCUUAGAUGCGUUUGUUUCUUUUGCUCAAAAAUGUUGGUCAGUCCGCAAAAUCCAAAAAUCAAAGAAAUCGUCAUGAAAACAAAAGGCCAGCCGCGAAAGCGUCUCACUCACGUGUACGAUCUCUGCAAGAGCAAAAAUAUUUGCGAAGGUGGCGACGAGUUGGACAUCGCGAAAGAAGGCCAACCACCGGAUCCUAACAAAAAGCCAAGCCACGGUGGCUGUGGUCACUACCAGCCGAACUUUAGACGCUCUGGUCUCGAUGUCACGGCCGAAUGGAAGAACGUAAACGAAGACACACAGGAAAAGAAGAUCGUUCUCACGGCUGAACGUGCCUAUGAAAUCCUGAAACACAUAACCGAUGAGGAAUCCUUCAUCCUUGGAAUGGAUCCAAAAUUUGCGCGACCUGACUGGAUGAUUAUCACCGUACUGCCAGUGCCCCCAUUAUCCGUCCGUCCGGCUGUUGUCAUGUACGGCUCGGCCAAAAAUCAGGACGAUUUGACGCACAAGCUCUCCGACAUUAUCAAAUCAAAUAACGAGCUACUGAGAAACGAGCAGGGUGGCGCAGCGGCUCACGUAAUAUGCGAGAACAUAAAAAUGCUGCAGUUCCACGUAGCCACGCUCGUCGACAACGACAUGCCCGGUAUGCCCAAGGCCAUGCAGAAGUCCGGCAAACCGCUGAAAUCCAUCAAAGCCCGUCUGAAAGGAAAGGAAGGUCGUAUUCGUGGAAACCUUAUGGGCAAGCGUGUCGACUUUUCGGCACGAACGGUCAUCACGCCCGAUCCGAACCUGCGAAUCGAUCAAGUUGGCGUGCCACGCAGUAUAGCUCAGAACUUGACUUUUCCUGAAAUCGUCACACCCUUCAACAUCGACAAAAUGCAGGAACUCGUACGCAGGGGAAACACUCGCUACCCUGGCGCUAAGUAUAUUAUACGCGAUAACGGAGAUCGUAUUGAUUUGAGGUUCCACCCCAAACCGUCGGAUCUGCACUUGCAAUGCGGUUACAAGGUCGAGAGACAUAUUAGGGAUGGCGAUUUAGUUAUUUUCAACCGACAGCCCACUCUUCACAAAAUGAGUAUGAUGGGCCACAGAGUCAAGGUACUGCCCUGGAGUACAUUUCGUAUGAAUCUCAGCUGCACGUCUCCGUACAAUGCAGAUUUCGACGGUGACGAGAUGAAUUUGCACGUUCCUCAAUCCAUGGAAACCCGUGCCGAGGUGGAAAACAUUCACAUUACCCCUCGACAAAUUAUCACUCCUCAAGCUAAUAAACCCGUCAUGGGUAUUGUGCAAGACACGCUUACGGCCGUCAGAAAAAUGACAAAACGAGACGUCUUUAUAGAGAAAGAACAAAUGAUGAACAUUCUCAUGUUCUUACCCAGCUGGGACGGAAAAAUGCCGCAGCCCUGCAUCCUAAAGCCAAAGCUCUUGUGGACGGGCAAACAAAUAUUCUCGUUGAUCAUUCCCGGCAACGUCAACAUGACGCGUACACACAGCACCCAUCCGGACGACGAGGACGACGGUCCCUACAAGUGGAUAUCUCCCGGUGACACGAAAGUCAUUGUAGAGCACGGUGAACUCAUCAUGGGUAUCCUGUGUAAAAAAACGCUGGGAGCCUCAACGGGUUCGCUGCUACACAUAUGCAUGUUGGAGCUUGGUCACGAGGUUUGCGGCAGAUUCUACGGUAACAUUCAGACUGUGAUCAAUACCUGGCUUCUGCUCGAGGGUCACUCGAUCGGUAUUGGAGACACAAUUGCCGAUCCUCAGACCUACUUUGAAAUCCAGGAGUCCAUCAGGAAAGCCAAACAAGACGUCAUAGAAGUUAUUCAAAAAGCUCACAACAUGGAGCUCGAGCCGACACCUGGUAAUACGCUCAGGCAGACCUUUGAAAAUCAAGUAAACAGAAUCCUAAACGACGCUCGUGACAAGACUGGUGGCUCUGCUAAAAAAUCGUUGACCGAGUACAACAAUCUAAAGGCUAUGGUCGUUUCAGGUUCCAAGGGAUCCAAUAUUAACAUCUCUCAGGUUAUUGCCUGUGUAGGACAACAGAACGUCGAGGGUAAGCGUAUACCCUACGGCUUCCGCAAGCGCACGCUGCCCCACUUUAUCAAAGACGAUUACGGUCCCGAGUCUCGUGGCUUCGUCGAGAACUCGUACCUUGCCGGUCUCACACCAUCCGAGUUCUACUUCCACGCUAUGGGAGGUCGUGAGGGUCUUAUCGAUACUGCCGUAAAGACCGCUGAAACCGGUUACAUCCAGCGUCGUCUGAUAAAGGCUAUGGAGUCCGUUAUGGUGCACUACGACGGCACCGUGAGAAAUUCCGUCGGCCAGCUCAUCCAGCUGCGUUACGGCGAGGACGGGCUCUGCGGUGAAACCGUAGAAUUCCAAACUCUGUCUUCUAUCAAGCUUAGUAACAAGACUUUCGAAAAGAAGUUCAAGUUCGAUCCGAGCAACGAAAGAUACCUGAGGAAAAUCUUCAACGAAGAUAUCGUGCGUGAAAUGAUGGGAUCCGGUGAAGUUAUUUCAGAACUAGAACGCGAGUGGGAACAACUGAACAAGGACAGAUCGGCGCUUCGCGAGAUCUUCCCUAGUGGUGAAAAUAAGGUUGUAUUGCCCUGCAAUUUACAGCGUAUGAUAUGGAACGUGCAAAAAAUCUUCCACAUCAACAAGCGAGCACCCACAGAUUUGAGUCCAAUGAGAGUUAUCCAGGGCGUGAGAGAUCUUUUGGAAAAAUGUAUUAUAGUAGCUGGCGAGGAUCGCCUUAGCAAACAGGCCAACGAGAACGCAACUCUGCUGUUCCAGUGCCUUGUGCGCUCCACCCUCUGCACAAAAUGCGUAUCCGAAGAUUUUAGGCUGUCCAGUGAGGCAUUUGAGUGGCUCAUCGGAGAAAUCGAGACGAGAUUCCAGCAAGCCCAGUGCUCGCCUGGUGAGAUGGUUGGUGCCUUGGCUGCUCAGUCUCUUGGUGAACCUGCCACCCAAAUGACCCUGAAUACUUUCCAUUUUGCUGGUGUGUCGUCGAAGAACGUAACCCUGGGUGUGCCCAGAUUGAAGGAAAUCAUUAAUAUCAGUAAAAAGCCCAAGGCUCCUUCCCUCACGGUUUUUUUGACGGGUGCUGCAGCCAGAGACGCCGAGAAGGCCAAGAACGUUUUGUGCCGACUCGAGCACACGACUCUGAAAAAGGUGACAGCCAACACCGCGAUCUAUUACGAUCCGGAGCCACAAAACACCGUCAUCGUGGAGGAUCAGGAGUUCGUCAACGUAUACUACGAAAUGCCGGACUUUGAUCCGACGAAAAUAUCGCCCUGGCUGCUGCGUAUCGAGCUCGAUCGCAAGCGCAUGACAGAUAAAAAAAUGACCAUGGAACAAAUCGCCGAGAAGAUAAACGCUGGUUUCGGCGAUGACCUGAACUGCAUAUUCAACGACGACAAUGCCGAGAAACUGGUCCUGCGAAUACGCAUAAUGAACAGCGAAGAGAACAAGUUCACGGACACGGCAGAUAUCGAGGAAUCGGUGGACAAGAUGGACGACGAUAUGUUCCUGCGAUGCAUAGAGGCGAAUAUGCUCAGUGAUAUGACGUUGCAGGGUAUCGAGGCUAUCAGCAAGGUAUACAUGCACUUGCCACAGACGGACUCCAAAAAGAAGAUGGUCAUCACGGAUACCGGCGAGUUCAAAGCCAUUGCCGAGUGGCUGCUGGAAACUGACGGCACGAGUCUCAUGAAAGUGCUGAGUGAGCGCGACGUUGACCCAGUGAGGACAUUCUCAAACGACAUUUGCGAGAUCUUUGGAGUGUUGGGCAUAGAGGCUGUGCGAAAAUCCGUCGAGAAAGAAAUGAACGCCGUGCUUCAAUUCUACGGUCUUUACGUGAACUACCGGCACUUGGCCUUGCUUUGCGACGUUAUGACUGCCAAAGGUCAUCUCAUGGCCAUCACACGUCACGGUAUCAACAGACAGGACACCGGAGCCCUCAUGAGGUGCUCCUUCGAAGAAACGGUCGACGUGCUGCUGGACGCGGCCUCGCACGCCGAGGUCGAUCCCAUGCGUGGUGUGUCAGAGAACAUUAUUAUGGGCCAACUGCCUCGUAUCGGCACUGGCUGCUUCGACCUGAUCCUCGACGCCGAAAUGUGCAAACAGGGUAUCGAGAUCCCAAUGGCUGUGGGCGCGAACAUCAUGGGUGGCACGGGAAUGUUCUUUGGCAACGUGAGCACCCCGAGCAUGAGUCCACAAAUGACCCCGUGGUUGGGAGCAACACCUGGUUAUGGGUCAGCAAGUAUGUCGCCGAGCAUCGGCAGUGGCAUGACGCCCGGAGGUGCUUGCUUUUCACCGUCCGGUCAAUCCGACGCUUCGGGACUGUCGCCGGCAUAUUCAGCCUACUCUCCACAGCCGGGAAGCCCAGGCAGUCCAGGGCCAAGCAUGAGCCCCUUCCCAAUGUCGCCGGCUGGUAACGCGUCGCCCAGCUACUCACCCACGAGUCCAGCCUACUUGCCCACCUCACCGAGUAUGACUCCAUCUAGUCCAAACUACUCGCCAACCAGUCCGACGUACUCGCCGACGAGUCCAAACUACUCGCCGACUUCUCCGUCGUACUCGCCCACUUCACCCUCGUACUCACCGACAUCACCGAGCUACUCGCCAACCUCGCCGAGUUAUUCACCCACCUCACCGUCUUACUCACCCACUUCGCCCUCUUACUCGCCAACUUCGCCGAGUUACUCACCAACUUCACCUAGUUACUCGCCAACGUCACCUUCUUACUCGCCCACUAGUCCGAGUUACUCACCAACAUCGCCCAGCUAUUCACCAACGUCGCCCAGCUACUCCCCUACCUCGCCAAGUUACUCGCCCACGUCGCCGAGUUACUCUCCGACCUCGCCCAGUUACUCACCCACUUCACCGAGUUAUACCCCAGCCUCACCCUCAUACUCGCCCACGUCACCUUCAUAUUCUCCCUCAUCGCCCCAGUACUCGCCCGCGUCACCCUCGUACUCGCCAUCUUCGCCCAAGUACUCUCCAAUGUCGCAGAGCUACUCACCCACCUCGCCCUCGUUCGCCGGCACCUCGCCGCAGUACACGCCCGCGAGUCCGACGUACUCGCCGACGUCGCCCAGCUACUCGCCCACUUCGCCCUCGUAUUCGCCGACUUCACCGUCGUACUCGCCAAGCUCGCCUCAGCACAGUGGCAGCAGCACCAAGUACUCACCAAGUAGUCCAAACUACUCGCCGACGAGUCCCACUUACUCGCCGACCAGCACCAAGUACUCACCUACGAGUCCAACUUACUCGCCGACGAGUCACAGUUACUCACCUACUUCGCCGUCGUACUCACCUACAUCACCCUCGUACUCGCCAACAUCACCGAGCUACUCGCCCACGAGUCCAGCGUAUUCGCCUCAAGUACCCGGAUACGAUACAGAUGAAACUUAAAUACUUAGUGUUUAAUUUUUUUAAGGAAAUAAAUUCACAUUUAUACAAAUUGCUUGGAAUAUUUUUUUUUAGUCCGAAAGAAACUCAUCCAUAGGAAUGAUCGUAGAAAUGAUUUUUUUGGGAUGAUAAACCGUUGGACUUGAUUUCUUUGUUGCAAUUUUUUUUGAGCUACUUGCUAUGUGUCUUACUAGUGUACACCACUACCUUAUUCAUUUAUUUGAUUUCUGUUUAAAAUUUUGUUUUGUACAAAGGACUGGUGUGACAUUUUAAUAGAAAAAAAAAAAAAUAAUAAUAGAUUUUAGUUUAUAGUUAUCACUAUUACUUUUUUACUUUUUAACUCUUACAUGAAAAUCAAUGCAACACUCGCACGAUGUUGAAAAAAAAAAAUUAAUAAAAGAUAACACUUUGAUUCAUAAGUUGACAUUUUUCACGUAAUAAUAAGAGCUGUUAUUUUUAGAUGAUUAAAAAACUGCAAAACGUGCAGCUUCAAUAAAAGAAAGAAAAUAAGAAAAAAACACAAAGAUUAGUGUAAAACUAAUGUAUGAUUUUGAGUACUGUGUAACAAGCGAAAAAUUUAUAAAAAUGAAAUUUCCGUGUUUGGAUGCGUGUCUGGUUUAUUUACCUGUGGCAAACGCAUCAGGUAAUAUAUGUAUACUUUUUCGUAGUCUCAGUGGUGAUAUUGGGUUCGUUACAAUAAGUUUUUUUUUUGUUAAUCCCAAUUUCACGCCCUUUCUUAGCAUUUAAGCUUUCUACUUAAAAAUUUAUGUAAAAAUUAAAAAUAUAUAUUUAUAAAAUAAAAAAUUGAAAA